AUGGAGGUUUUCUCUAAAGGUGCGGGUAACAGCCCUCUCCAACAGGGCGGUGACACGAAUGUCUGGGCAAGAGCAACGUUUCGAGACAAGCUGCUGGGGGGGAAAGUUGCUCCUCCGACCAGGAAAGUAGUGAACUUGAUUGAACAGGGGAAGAUGAGGAUUGAGCAUGUCAAUGGCAACCCUUUGCUGCCUCAGGUGGUCACUGAUGCAGAGGUGAUAAGGGCGUUGUGCCACCCCUGGCAGGAUGCCCUGGUAGUUUCCUUGCUAGGGAAGAGGUUGGGCUAUCGAACUAUGAAGGCACGGCUAACGGCCGUGUGGCGGCUCACAGCAGACUUCGACCUACUAGAUGUUGAUAAUGGGUUUUAUUUGGUGAAGUUUGAUAUUGCUGCGGAUAGAACAAAGGUGAUGGAGGGAGGACCAUGGAUGAUUUAUGAUCACUACCUGGCUGUUUCCACAUGGAGCAAGGAGUUUCUUUCCCCUCUAGCCAAGGUCACCAAAAUCCUGGUUUGGAUUCGUAUACCUGGGUUGAACGUGGUCUUCUAUGAUGAGAGUUUUUUGCUUGGGGUGGCUUCUGCAGUGGGGAAGGCAAUCAGGGUAGAUAGCAAUACCCUUAGAGCGGAGCGGGGAAAAUUCGCACGGAUUUGUGUGGAGCUUGAUCUGUCUAGGCCAGUCAUUGGGAAGGUGUGUAUUGAAGGUUUUUGGUACAGGAUAGAAUACGAGGGACUACAUGUCAUAUGCACCAAGUGUGGGUGCUAUGGUCACAGGGGCAGGGAGUGCACGGGGGAGAUACCUGGUGGCGCACUAGCGUUACCGGCGGCGCCGCCAUAG